AUGGGUCUCGUCAGCCGCUUCCUGAAGAUUUCUGCUGCCGGCACGGUCGCCUCCGCAGGUGUCUUCUGGGGUGCCACGCGCAAUGACGUUUUCGAGCCCAUGGACAUGACGGACCCAAUCUUCUCCUCGCCCUUCUUCAAGAAGUACAACCCCAACAGCAACCCGACUCUUCAUGACAAGUGUGUUCGUCGCGUCCCACUCGACAAGAUUAAGCCCGAGCUACGGGAGAACAAUGGCAAGCUGGUCGAAGCCUUCUGUGCCGGUGUCUGGGGUGGCAUGGGCUACAUCCCUCAGCGCGCCAUUCUCGCUCGUAAAUACCAGGGUCCCGAGACGGCCGACCAGCUCUGGGAGCGCAAAGAUCUCCUGAAGAGCAGCUACGAGGUCGGCACCAUCAUCACCGAUCACUUUCAGGUUCUCGAGAAGACCGAGGACCGCAUUGUCGUGCGCUGUGGUGACUCUCCCCGAAUUAGCGAUGUUCGACCUUCCGACGGCCUUUUCGAGAUGGGUGCGGUGAUCAAGCAAGAGGAUGGUGUGGCCGAGUUCACGCUGAAGAGCUGCUUCUACCAGGGUCUGGGCAAGUCGGAGUCGAACUCGGCCCCGAUGCCCGCGUACAUGGAAUGGCUGCACCGCCAAUACACCAAGUUGUGGAUGACGACUGCUGUUUACAAGACAUGCGUGGCUUGA